AUGGCAUUGCUUGAAGAUAAACCUGCAGACAUUAAUGAAUAUAGUACUACAGAACAAGUUGCCCUUUCUGAAUCUUGGAAAAGGUUCAAUAGACUCAGUUUGAUGUUCAUGAAGAUGACCAUUGCAAAUAACAUCAAGACCUCCUUACCUCAAACUGUUAAUGCAUUGGAAUACUUAAAGGCUGUUGAAGAUCGAUUUAGAUCUGCUGACAAGUCACUUGCUGGCACUAUUAUGGCUGAAUUGACAACAAUGAAAUAUGAUGGCAACCGAGGAGCUCAAGAUCACAUCCUCAAUAUGGCUGACAAAGCUGCAAAACUUAAAACUUUAGGGAUGCAAGUUGAUGAAACUUUCCUCGUGCAGUUUAUUCUCAACUCACUUCUAUCACAGUUUGGCGCAUUCAAAAUUCACUAUAACACCAAUAAAGAUAAGUGGAGUUUGACUGAGCUGACUAAUAUGUGUGUUCAGGAGGAAGUGAGGUUGAGGAAGGAAGGACGUCAAACUGCAUUGGCUAUAACUCAUGGAGCUAUAAAGAAAGAGAAGGACAAGUCUAAAGGGUACAAAUUCUAUUGUCCUAAUCACAGUACGAGGAUAGUAGAGACUGGUAUUGCUAGAUUCCUAGAGAAUGGUGAAAUUAGUGGGAGUGAAAAAACACGAGUGGUGAAUUUUGAGGAAAUUAGGGUGGAUGUCCCAACAUUUGACCCUUAUUGA